GAUUUCACAUGUGCCUCCGAUCGCGUCGUACGCUCGCUCCGCGCGCCAUGCCGGCAAAACAUUAAACACACAACAAACGUGUUACAAAAAUAUAUGGAAAAAAGUUGAACAUAAUUGGAAAAUUGUGAUUUUGUGUAAUUUGAAAGACGCUUCUGUUCGCGGGUUUUAAUUUACGAAAACUGUGUUACGGCUUUUUUGUAUUGGCGGAAAUGUCAAUGUGAGCCGCGAUGCGCAGCGACAUGGCGUACCGCGGGCUCUCGCAGCACGUGGAGCUGGACCGCGCGGCCGACCCGCGCGACCGCUUCACGCUGCAGGAGCUCAUCGGCGAGGGAACCUACGGCGAGGUCUACUGCGCUCGCGACAAGAAGAGCGGCAGGCGAGUCGCCGUCAAGAUCUUGGAGAACAUCACUGAAAACAUCGAAGAGAUCGAGGAGGAAUUCCUAGUGUUUCGGGAUUUGUCCAGCCAUCCAAACAUUCCAGAAUUCUUCGGGCUAUUCUUGAAGCGUGGAGUCUGCUCUGAUGAUGACCAGAUAUGGUUCGUCAUGGAGCUCUGUACCGGAGGUUCAGUGACAGAUCUAUGCGCUGGUAUCCGCGAUCACGGGAAUAAUCUCACAGAGCCGCAGCUGGCCUACGUCCUGCGGGGGACAGUCCGCGCUCUCACCCACCUCCACGCUCACCGCUGCAUGCACCGGGACGUCAAGGGCCAUAAUAUUCUACUCACUGAGAACGGCGAAGUGAAACUCGUCGAUUUUGGAGUUUCCUCACAUUUAGCUGCGACUGCUGCUCGGAGAAAUACUUCAGUAGGCACACCUUAUUGGAUGGCCCCAGAGGUUAUAGCAUGUGAACAGCAGUUGGAUCAGUCAUACGAUUGCAGAUGCGACGUUUGGUCAGUCGGCAUUACCGCUAUCGAACUAGCCGAGGGCGAACCUCCCUUAUCCGGACUUCAUCCAAUGAGGGCAUUGUUCCAAAUACCACGGAAUCCGCCUCCUACGUUAGCGCAUCCUGAGCUAUUCUCAUCACAAUUAGCAGAUUUCAUUGCCGAGUGUUUGGUCAAAGAUAUGAACCAAAGACCAUUCGCGAGGGAACUUCUAGAGCAUCCUCUGUUAUUAGCUGUCAGUAGUUUUGAAGAAAAGAUUCGCAAAGAACUUCAAGCAGAAAUAAAACGCCAACGAGCUGAAGGCCGAAGCUGUCGAGCCCCCGAUGUAACGACAAAAAGGGGAAAACUAAAGUCACAUAGAAAAGCACGUCCAGAAAAAAUGUAUACUGAUGAUCUAGCAACAUUAGAAGUACUGACAGAAGAUGCCAUUGUAGAGCAACUACAGAAAAGAUAUAACCAAAAUCAAAUAUAUACUUACAUUGGAGAUAUACUUGUGGCGGUCAAUCCUUUCACUGACAUAGGUAUUUACACUACCAAGAGUCAGCAAAUUUACCAAGGCCGUUGCCGUUCGGACAAUCCUCCCCACAUUUACGCUGUAGCAGAUGCUGCACACCAAGCUCUCAUGCACCAAAAACAGCACCAAGCUAUAGUUAUAUCUGGGGAGAGUGGCGCCGGUAAGACUGAGUCGGCCAACCUCUUGUUGAAACAGCUGGUCUUUCUCUCGAAGACACAAACUGGCAACGUAGAAGAUAAAAUCCUACAAGUAAACCCUAUCAUGGAGGCGUUUGGAAACGCUCGAACAGGCAUUAACGCCAAUAGCUCGCGGUUCGGCAAAUAUUUGGAUUUGUCUCUCAUGAGAGUGGGGAGGAUAUCUGGGGCACGGAUUUCUGUUUAUCUUUUAGAACAAUCGAGGGUUGUUCACCAAGCGUUAGGCGAAAGCAAUUUUCACGUAUUUUACUAUCUAUAUGAUGGUUUGGAAAGUGAAGGGCGUUGGAGGAAAUUCUACCUUGAUGAACAACUCAAAUCUAGGCAUCGAUACCUACAACCACUUUCUAUUGCCCAUCGUGAACAUAAUGUUCACCGUUGGCGGCAAUUAAAUCAAGCGUUUAAGGUGGUCGGAUUUCAAGAGGAGGAGGUACAAAUAAUUUACAAAAUGCUAUCAGCAAUAUUACAUCUCGGCGAUAUAGAAUUUGGGGAGACCGCGGGGGAAGAUAACACUGAUAACAAAGCUACGAUAAUCGACACGGCACCUUUACAUAGAGCAUCGUGCCUAUUAGGCGUAGAGACAGGAGACCUGCGCGAGUGCUUGACUAGCAGCAGUGUGGUUGCUCGAGGGGAGACCAUAGCGCGAUACUGCUCGCCCACCGAAGCGGCCGUGGCUCGGGACGCCACCGCCCGAGGCCUGUAUGCGCGUGCCUUCGACAGAAUAGUCGAGAGGAUCAACGCAUUGCUGUGUCAAAAUAGACCGUAUGGCAUUGAACAACUAUCUAUUGGAAUAUUAGAUAUCUUCGGAUUUGAAAACUUCAAUAGAAAUUCGUUUGAACAACUAUGCAUCAACAUUGCAAACGAACAAAUACAGUACUAUUUCAAUCAACAUAUAUUUACCUGGGAACAGCAAGAGUAUAUGGCAGAGGGCGUCCCCGUCGAUCUUGUGGAGUUCUCCGACAACAGGCCCGUCUUAGACAUGUUGUUGUCAAGACCUAUGGGUCUGUUAGCUCUGCUUGAUGAAGAAAGCCGUUUCCCAAGGUCUACUGAUAGAAGCCUGAUUGAAAAAUUCCAUAAUAAUCUAAAGAGCAAAUACUAUGUCCGACCAAAAUCAGAUGCUAUAUGUUUUGCCAUUCACCACUUCGCCGGUCGCGUGGUUUAUCAAGCCGAUGGGUUUCUGGAGAAAAACCGCAAUUUCCUGCCUCCGGAAGUGGUUCAAUUGAUGCGACAAAGCCAAUACGAUAUAAUUAGGUUCCUUUUCCAGUGUCCGAUUACAAAGACUGGCAAUUUAUAUUCCCCUCUGCAAGGAGAUAUGGACACUAAUAGAAGUUUAGACAGUUCAUGUGAUACUCGGCAGGACCGCUUCAAUAGCCGUGGGCUUGCUUCACAAUCUCGCGCUCAGCAAACAGUGUCCACAUAUUUCCGAUAUUCUCUAAUGGAACUGCUCCAGAAAAUGGUCAGUGGCUCACCCCAGUUCGUGAGGUGCCUGAAACCAAACGAUUCGCGGUCACCGAAACAUUUUGAUUCUACGAAAAUUUUAAAGCAGCUUAGGUAUACGGGCGUUCUAGAAACUAUUAGGAUAAGACAAAAUGGGUUCUCCCACCGAUUAACGUUUGAAGAAUUUUUGAAGAGGUACAGUUUCUUAGCAUUCAACUAUAAUGAAGAAGUAAAACCGAACCGAGACACGUGCCGCCUUUUGCUUUUAAGACUAAAGAUGGACGGCUGGGCGCUAGGGAAAUCAAAAGUCUUCUUGAAGUAUUAUCACGUUGAAGUACUCGCCCGAAUCUACGAAGAACAGAUUCGGAAAGUAGUAUUAGUACAAGCGUGUGGUCGAGGAUGGCUCGCUCGACGUUACUUCCUCCGGCUGAAGGCCCAGAUGGCUAUAUCUGUACUCACGCUGCAGAAACACGUUAGAGGCUGGCUCACCAGGAAACGACUCCAGGAACGACAGAGACAGCUAGCCAGGGAGUUCCAGAGGGAACAGAUGGAACAGGACAGUCGAAAACAUAAAUCCGGUGCUGCCUUAAUUAAAAACAAGGCCAUGAUGAAAGCGAAGAUAUUAAGGAAGAUGACGUCAAACGAUAGCGACAGCAACGACACCAAUUCCGGCAGCAAUAAAGAAAACGUCGAUUCAAAUAAAGCUGCCGUUGUUAUCCAGAGUCAUUUCCGGGGCUACACCGCACGGCGCAAAUGGGCGAAGGGCCGAGCGCCGCCGCCGCCUCAACACCCAGCACCUACGCCGCAGCAGCUCAUGCAGCAGUACUCCGUGCAGGAGCGGGCCAGCCAGCUGCAGUCCUUCGCGAACCAGGUGCACGACAAAAACCAAGAGGUCCACAAGAACCUGCGUCGCAACAAGCCUGGUGUCCGUCUGUCCCAGGUCUCGCGGCCACCCGCCGAGUACCGUCCGCCCCCCGGCUUCACGCUCGUGCCGGCCAUCGUGCGCGGUCAGGUGACGCAGCUGGAGCAAGACGCCAGCCGCCUCUCCAGUCCCUCGCCAGAAUUUCUAGAGAGCUUUGCAAGUCCCUGGGAUGAACCCUUUAUCAAUAAAGAAUAUGAGAACAGUCCAUUAAGAGCCAAUAGGGGCAAUCAACAGCCGGUCGAGCAGUGCGGCGAGCACCGACACCACCUGGCCAGUCAGAACUGGCAAAACCUGCCCUGCAGCCGUCAGUGCGGCGGCCUCGUCAGUAACAAGAUAAUCGAGCUAGUAAAGCAGUCACAUAAGGCAGACCCACCUCCGCGGCCAGUCUACAAUCCAACACACGACCCAGAGUCAGAUUUCCGAAAGAUUCUCCGCAACUCGCCAGAAAUCCUCGCAACACCUAUCUUCAGCUCCGACGAUGACUACACAGAAGGCCCGUUCAGGUUCAAACAGCUACUCAGGCCAACGCUAGGUCCGACGGAAAGUUUAAGGAAACGAAAGGUUAGAAAUUCGCCCGGACAAAGUCCAUGGAUGUCAGACAGUUCUCAAGAUAGUACCGAAUCUAAGCAGGCGCUGUACAACAAGCGCAGGCCGCAGAUCAGUAUGGGCGUUUAUUAUAACUAGCUGAGACCGUGUCUCUCCUUUCAAUUAAAACGUUGCUGUGGUCAACGGAACAACGGAUUCCAAAGACUCCAGAGACUAGGCAAACAUCGUGGAUGUUGGAAAGUUCCCUGGACAGAACUGACUUUAACCAGGAUCAACAAGCGCAAAGCGCGUAAAGUCCGUCUAAGCUAACUAUGCGCCGACUUGAAUAAAACAAAGUGAAGGGGUGUCAUAAUAAACGACCAAUUCCCAUAGGAUUUUGAGACUAAAGAUGGCAUUCGCACACUUUGUCAUUGCAAAUGCCAUUCAGAGUUAGCUUGGUCCGCUUUUAUCUAAUGUUAAUCACAAACACUAGACUUAUAUAUGAUAAAGAAUCCUUAGCAGAAUCACAGCUUUCCAUAAGUACAGACAUGAGUACUCUAAGCCAUAAAGUUUGCGAUUCUGUAUUUCACGUUUUUAGUCCAGUUGACUACCGUUUUUUAUGUGUAUUUAAGCAUAGAGAGUAAGUAAUUUAUAUUACUCUAUGGUGCAGCGGAUGAACACCACAAAACAUGGCUUUUAUUAAUGACUUGCAUUGAGGUUCGAAACGUUUCCCUGAGGCAUAUGUGUACCUAUCUAUAUUAUCAUUUUGAAUGUCUAAUUAGUUGGUAUAUAUAACAUUUUGCCAUGAGUAGUUUAUAAUGGCUUAUAUUGUAAUAACAGGAAUAACGUCCUACAUUUUACAAGAAUGCGCAUACCGCAUUCAGAUACAUCUAAAAAUAGUGCAGUAUAUCGUGCUUUACCUGUAUGUUAUAUUCGUAUUUGAUUUGUAUCUUACAGUUAUUGUGUUGUUACUGAUUCCGUCCUAAUCGGCUCAUUUUAUUUUAUCAAUAAGCAAAUACAUAGAUAGUAAGUUAUAAAUCUACCUUUAGUUGAGAAUUCGUCAUAUAAGUAAUAUUAUUAUGUUCUCGUACCACCAAUAAAAUGAUUCUAUUAGAUUUAAUAUAUUUACUAAUAAUGUUAUUAUACAUUAUAUAUUUACUAUUUAUUUAUUUCAUAAUACGAUUUACCAAAGUUUAACUCCUAAAUAAUAUAGGUAGCUUUCCUACUGCAUAACUUUAAAUGUAAAAAAAUACUACUUAGUCCCUAUCUUAGAGUAUUGCAUGUGUGUUACAAUUUUUGUUAUUUUAUUCUCUUCGUUGUCUGUAUGAGUCUUGUAGUAAAAUUAUGUAAUCUUAUAUCAUUUUCACCGUUUCCAUCAGUAUUAUUUUAUAUACCAUAUUAUAUUAAAGACAACUAAACUAAGAGACAUACAAAAUAUGAUCAUAAGGUGUAUUUGGGUAUUUCAAACUAUUUCAUUUAUUAGAGUUUAUUGGAAUUACCCGACACCCUGAACUUUUCCGAACCACCCGAAUACCUACACCACAUUAAUGCUGUCGCCACGAAUAGGAUUGUUUUACUUCAUAUAUCUCUCAGUUUAUUUGUUUGUUAUAGUAUUUACAAAAAUGUCAGGUUAUUGUAAUUAGAUCUCACAGGAGAACACGAUUGCAUAGAUAUUAUUGUUAUUUACUUUAUUAAUUAAUUGCCAUUUCAUACAUGUAUGUAGAGCAAGAAAUAAAUAAACAUAAUUAUAUCAUUGACAACCUUUGUGAUAAUGUGCCAAUGAUUACUCGUAAGUUUUAGUUGUUUGAAUGGAAUGAAUUGAAAAUAAAUAUUGUUGAUACAAA